AUAUGUCCAUGUGCUUUCAAAAGUAAACCCUCUUCCAACUUCACAUCUCUAUCUCUCCUGAAAUGUCAACAUUCAACCAUCUGUUAGAUCUUCAACCCCAAGAACAAAUUUGCUAUGUGCAAUGUGGUUUCUGCACCACAGUUUUACUGGUUGUUGUACCAUAUAGUUGUUUAUCUAUGGUCGUUACAGUCAAAUGUGGCCAUUGCACAAGUCUUCUUCCAGUCAACAUGAUGGGAUCAACUUUUCUUCCUCUUCAUUUCUCUUCUUUUGUUGAUGAUCAAGAAGAGCCAAUGGUGGAAGCUUCUGGAGAAGAAAAUUUUUCUAAAUUAAGCUUGAGCAAACAUAGCUCUUCCCCUCUCACUUCAUCACUUGAAAACGACGACGAUGAUGAUCUUGAAGUAGUAAACCAUGUCGUCAACAAGCCCCCCGAAAAGAGACAACGUGCCCCAUCCGCAUAUAACCAAUUCAUCAAAGAAGAGAUCAGAAGGCUGAAGACACAAGAUCCCAACAUGUCUCAUAAGCAAGCCUUUAGUACAGCUGCCAAAAAUUGGGCCCAUUCACCACUCAUUCAACAGAAUGAAGAAGAUAAAUCAAAGGGCUCAGGUGGUGAAUCCACAGGCAUGGUUCAGGAGCUUGGUUUGGACCAGCCAUCUUAAGUUGACAUAUCUGAUCAUAGAGUGCAAGCCGCAUAACAUGUUACGGAUUAAAAUAUCGAUAGUGACUAUAGAUAAGUAAUUAAUCUUCUAUGUAUAGGUUUGUUUUGCUUCAAAAAUUAACAUGUCCUAUGAGGAGUAGCUACCGUUUAUCGUUUAAGUAAUCUAAUUUAGCUUGUGCGUC